ACACGACUCACACCAUGCAUAUUCACGCUCUAUGUGCCACUGACGUCACCAUUCUAAGGCAGGCGCUCCCAGUUCCGGGGGGUUUCCUCUGACCGUCCGCUGUGUCGCCCAUCGCUGUCCGCCGUUGGCCUGCGGCCGCCCAUUCCGCCCCGUCGUGCGGCCAUCGCGCACGGCACGCUGCCAUGGCCUCCCGCUCCAUCGCCGCGGCAGUUCUCGCGCCGUCGCCCCUGCCGCCGGUCGCCGCCGCCUCGCGCCAAGGCGCGGUGACAGGCCGAUCGGCUGGUCGUCCGGGGCUGCUAGGGACGCGCGCCGCUGCUGCGUCGAGCGCUGCUGGCGCGGAGAGGAGCGCUGCUAGCAGGGCUGCUGCUAAGCAACGGCGUGGAACGAACCGGGGAGAGGUUGUGAAACAGAAGCGAAGCGGUCUGAUAAGAGUGGCACACCUUUCUGCCAGCGACGGCGCGCAGCCGAGCGCCGAGGCCGCGCGGGCGGUGUGGGCGGAAGCGCUGGUGGUGGGGCCGGUGCAGUCCGUGCUCGGGGGCGAGGAGGGUGGGGAGAGCGCGGAGAGGGUUGAGGGGGAAGUGUGUUGCGCAGGAGGCAGCGCGCAGCAGGAGGGGCAAGGGGCGAGGGGGGACGGACUUGCGGGGCAAGGGGGCGCGUGGACGGAGGCGGACGAGGCGGAGUUAAUAGCGCGGGCAGUGGGCGGAGCAGUGGCCCAGAGUGGGGGGAUGGUGUGCGCAGGCGCAGGAGACGCGGAGGCAGCGUGGGUGCGGCUGGGGGCAGAGGGGAACGCGGGAGUGAGUCUGCGGGGGAAAGCUGAGGCGGAGGGGGAAGGGAGGAGAUUUGCGCUGGCGCAGGAGAGGUUGGAGUUGGAGCGCGCUCAGCUGGAGCUGGCGAUGCGGGAGUCGCGCGGGGGCGCGGAGAGAAGAGCGGCGCAGGGCGGAGAGACGGAGAGGGGAGAGGCGGAGAGGGCGAAGCUGGGCGGGGAGGCGGGGAGGAGCGAGGGCGAGGUGGUGAGUGGGGAGGCAGAGCCGCAGGAGGGCGAGGGGCUUUGUGGGGGCGCGGAGGAUGGCAGGGAGGGGCGCGAUGAGGGGAGCAGCGGGUGCGCGCCUGGCACGGGUCUGCUGGUAGGGCGGAGAGACGCAGAAGUACCGGGGGCGGCGGAGGGAGAGCAGCGCGCGGAGGGGGGGGGGCGUUGUGAUGCGAGCGCGGACUCGAGCGACGACGAGCGGCUGGUGGUGGCGGACAGGCCACCCGCAUUCCCCGCCGCGCUCAACUCUUUGUACCUGGCGUUCGUGUUCAACUGCUUCGUGGAGCACGCGUGGCGCUUCACGGGCGCCGCGCUGCUGGCGCUGCUGCACGACUCGCUGCUGCCCGUCGCCGUCGCCAGCUUUGCCAGCCAGCUGGCGGUGUUCGUGGCGGCGCCUCUGGUGGGCGACAUCAUGGACUCGGCGCCGCGCGUGCUGGCCUUCAACGUCAUCUCCUGCAUCCAGACAGCAGCGAUGGUGGCGGCGGUGCUGGCCACCAUGGCGGCGGUGCACGCAGCGCCGGGCGCAGCGGGGCAGACGGGGGCGGCGCUGAUGCGGCGGGGGUGGUUUGCGGUGCUGGUGGUGGCGGGCGCUGUGGAGCGCAUCACGGGGAUCGCCUCGGGGGUGGCGUUUGAGCGCGACUGGGUCAUUCUCCUAGCCGGGCAGGACAACGCCGCAGCGCUGGCCAAUGCCAACGCCAUGCUGCGCCGGGCCGACCUCUUCUGCGAUGUGGCGGGCCCUCUGGUGUUCGGGUGGCUGCUGUCGGCGUUCAGCCCCAUCGUGUGCCUCCACGCCUCCCUCGCCACCAUGCUCGCCUCCCUGCCCACCCUCAUCGUCCUCGUGCUGCGCACCGACCGCCAGUCCAAGGGCGUCCUCAGCCGCCCAAAGGCCCCUUCCUCGGCGCCAGGCGCACCAGAACUUGUGAGCGCCGCCUCUCCAUUGCCGGAGCUGUCCCAAACGGGCAACGGAGCAUCGUAUGGCAGCAGCGGCAGCGGCACCAGCAGCAGGAGGCACCGGAGAAGCAACGAGGAAGGAGCCGCUGCUGCAUGGGCAGCAAAUGCGGCACGAGGCACAGCAGCCGGGCGCACAUUCCUUGCCGCUGCCAGCGCCACACCCCUCCCUCUGCUGCUCGCAUCGGCAGUCAGGGCGGUAGUGGUGGCAGGGGUUGCAGCGUGGCGGGCUGUGGGGUCAGUGGUGGGGCUGUCGGUGCGGUCGGUGGCGCGCGGGUGGCGCAGCUUCCUGGGGCAGCCGGUGCUGGCGGUGAGCGUGGCGUACGUGCUGCUCUUCUUCAACUGCGUGCUAUCGCCCGGCGGCCUCAUCACCAGCUUCCUCACUCAGCAAGGGGUGGACGUGUCGGUGAUCGGUGCCUUCCGCGGGGCGUGUGCCGCCAUGGGCUUUGCAGCCACCUUUCUCUCGCCGCUGCUCAUCACGCGCGUCGGCCUGCUGCAGGCGGGCGGCGCGGCGCUGCUGUUCCAGUCGGUGGUGCUGGCGCUGUCCCUGGCGGUGUUCGCUGUCUCGCACUCCAUGCGCCACCACCACUCGCUGCUGCUCGCCUUCCUCGCCCUCAUCGUGGUAUCGCGCCUGGGUCACUGGACGUACGAUGUGGUGGACGCGCAGAUCUUCCAGGUGGCCAUCCCGCCCGCGCAGGCCAACAUCGUGGGCACCACGGAGGUGGCGCUGGCCAGCCUGGCGGAGCUGGUCAUGCUGGCGCUCGCCAUCAUCGCGCACGACGUCCAACACUUCGGCCUCCUCGCCGGCCUCUCCGCCGCCGCCGUCUUCGCUGCCGCUGCCAUCUACUGCACGUGGGAGCGGUCGGCCAACCACCACCGCCGCAGCCUCUUCCCGCCCGAGCCGCGGCUGCGGUGGCCGUGGAGGCGAGGGAAGCGGGGCCGGAGGGGGAAAGAGGGGAGGGGUGAAGGGGCGGGAACACCAGCGGCGCCUGCAGCUUGAUUCGUUAGAGCAUGGUGGGCCCCACUCAGGGGAAGACGUAAAUCUUGUGGAAGAGCAAUACUGGCCGGGCGGUCAUAUGGUAUCUCUUACGAGACGUUUAGCUAGGUAGUAGAAAAUGGCGAGAGAAAAGAGAUCGACCAGAAGAGAGGUGCAAGAAGUGGGUUGUCCUCUCUACAGUAUGUUCCAGUCAGAGUAAUGCACUUGCCUAGCCUACACACAUACAUAUGUAUGAAUAUAUAUGUUGACACACCCCCUAGGCUUGGUAGGUGCUAGAGAAAGUUAGAGCACACCACAAGCCCAACACCCUCAAGUCCUAACACCCCCAUCAU